CUUUCUUAUUGAGCAUACAGCGCACUACAUGCCGGAAAAGGCGGGCUUGUCAAUAUGCCUGAUACAACAAGUACCGCUUCUCCACGCAUUAAAGUCCUCCUCCUCACCAAAUCCCGCGGUUUCCGACACGACUGUAUCCCGGCACUCAUCUCAGCGCUGCAAUCCCUGCCUUUCGCCGUCUACGCCACGGAAGACUCCGAACAUCUUCUUAACUGUUCACGCUAUGAUGUCGUCGUACUGGGACACAACACUGGAGGAUAUCUCACUUCACUGGAGGUCCAGUCUCUGAGGACGUAUGCUGAGAAUGGCGGUGGUGUAGUUGGUGUUCACGCUGCGACGUCGGGGAUGGCUACCGAUGAACAAUACAGUGGGAUUCUUGGUGAGGUUUUCAAUGGGCACCCCGAGCCGCAAUGGGGAAGGAUCACCAUUGAGGCCCAGAAUCACUAUAUCAUGGAUUCCGGCUAUCUACCCGUGAAAGACUCGGCACCAGAACUCCCACCGCCUUGUCCACAUGCUCUGAGAGCUGAGUCGCAGGUGUCUUUUCCCUGGUACGAUGAGUUGUACACUUUCAAGUCGCACCCCCGAAUCAAAGACACGCGAACGAUCCUUCUUUCUGUCAACAAAUUUUCGUACAGAGAGGAUGUGCUGAAUGACUAUCCGCUCGCAUGGUGUCAAAACUUGUGUAGAGGCCGAAGCUUUUAUACUGCUCUAGGGCACUUCGAUGAAGCAUACCGGGAUAAGUGGUUUAUGGAAACUUUACACCGAGGGAUAAUUUGGGCAGCACAACAAGAUACAUGAUCUUUGAACGUCGUCAUUGGCAUUGGUGAUUGGAUGGAGGCUUCUCCCCUGUCACUGUAGUGGCUCCUGUUUCGCCAAUCUUUUUAACGAGGCAGGGUCUAUUUACGUCAGAGAUGUAGCAGAGAAUUCUGACAAGCUAUGUAUAGUACAUUAUCUCGAU